UAAUUCAUCAUUCUACUUAUUUUCGCGAGAAUUUCAAUUUGUUCGCCUGCCGCCGCAUAAUUUUGAGGGGACGCUGUAGAUUGGUGAAUCGUGGCACCCGCUUUCUAACCCACAUAUUCGGGGCUUCAAUCACUGCCGAAGCCAGGAUAAUCCUCACGGUUACAAUUCGUAUUCUGGUAUAAUUGAAUGGUGUAACGCCAACACACCAGGCCUAUAUGAAGUAAUACCAGUCAGUCAGUCAGUUAGUCAGUUGGUCAGUGAGUCAGUCAAUCAUUCAUUCAGAAGACGUUAUGUGUAAUAGGCCUACAGUAUAUCGGUUUUGAACUUAUACACUCCAACAAGAAAAUGUUUGAACUGUUAUCAUUGAAACUUGAACUUUCAAUUUACAAUAAAAUUAACAGACCCACAUAUAAACUGAAUAACAAUAUGUCAACGUGCUUUACUUUAAAAACUCCAUCGAAUCAUACCGCUACGCAAAUUACCAACAUCCAUCAGCCAAUUACAAGCGGAGGAGGAUGUAAAUCUUGCGUCAUCGAGCAACUGAAUGCUAGACUUACACCAGUUUCACAGAGACUGUUAAGAAACCCGACGGGACGACAGUACCCGGUGCUAGCCAUCACUCGCAGAGAUCUACAAAGCACGUCAGGUGUACGACAUAUGCAGACACAUAACAGAAUGAGUUUAAGUCUAAAUUUAAAAUCAACGAAGAAUGAAGCGAUAGAUAACGGAUUUUUAGUGACGAGUAAUAAACAUGAUGCAAAUAUGGACAGUACAACAAGCCAAAUGAGACAGACAUCGGUGUACGAGGAAUCAGGUGACAGUUGGAUCAUGAAUGAUCCUAUAGAAAUCGACCAAAUACAAGACCCAGGAAUAUCGAAAACGUCAUUGACGCCUCCAGAGGACUCUCUGCGACAACAUGAAGAAAGAAACAUGGAAAGUGAACAUAGCUUACACGAUCCCGAUAAACUGGACAUGUUUGACGUCAUGAAGAUGGUGAACAAGAAGUUGGACGAUCGAGACACAUGUACUCGAGAUUCACAUAAAGGAAAGAUUCAAAUUAAAUUUAACAUGAAACCUACCAAAAUAAAGCGAACACCUACGCCAUCAGUUACAACGUUUAAAACUGCGAGAGAAGGAAGCACGAGGCAUCAGAAUCCACAGAGCGGCUCGAAUCAAGGAUUUACUAUGAUAACGAAAUCUAAGACAGCUCAUAAACUUUACGAAUCUCGAAUCAAUUUAGACAAUGACCUCAAAUAUCCAAGGACGGUUUCCUCAUAUUCGGUUACAAAUUCGUCCUUAUGGAACGAUCGUGUAGCACAACAGAAACAUCGUCUGAAUAUCUUGAACUCGCAAACAAAAUAUUUUAACAAAACAAUAAAAGGUUCUUUGGAUAAGGAUAUACUUUUGAAAACGCAACAAACAAAAAACGUAGGGGAAGAAGGAAAAGCUUCGAUUCAUAAGCAUGCUACCCCUCAUUGCGUCCCACUCCUUUUCAAUGAGAUGGCCUCCCAUCUACCAGAGCCCCAUUCAUUUUGGGGAGAAUAUUCCCCCGGUAGAACAAGUCCCCGUACUGCUGCGACGAUCGCCUUUAAAAGAGGAUUAAUACAACCGGAUGAGUGUACUUUGAACAAUUGGCACUGUGGUCGGAAACGAAUUCCGCCGCUGCCACAAGGCGGAGCACCCGGCCUACCUAGGCUAGAUCUCCUAAACUCAAGAACUCGAUCUCAUAACGUCGCACGGCUGCAUAUGAAAACAGGAAGGACGACUAGGGAAAAUUCUUUGAUGAUCGACUUAGAAACCAAAAAGGCUUCAAUGAACAACUUGGACGCCAAAAAAGAUGUAAUGACCAAUUUAGAAGACGAGAUCCCUGAACAUCUUGAGCAAGUUCCAGAUUUCUCUGUUGAGGCGGAAGAGCCGUUUACACCGGCAAACACUCCAAUCAGCUGGCAAUACUAUAGUGACGAGCCGGACAGCGCUUUUGUAAACUCAAUGACUGUAAGUGAUUCCAAGGAGAAUAAGGCGAAGAUUCAUGUUUUUCUACCUGAAAUGUCGUAGACAAACCCACGCAACUCUAACGCAAUUCGUAAUUAUUUUGUUAGGCUAUAUAUUGACAGUUUUUCAUUUUAACUUUAUUAGCUGAAAGUAUUUAUGAAAGCACAAUCAACGAAAUGAACAUUAUUUUAGACCUAUUAUUAUGGUCACAUUGAGUUAGUAGGCCUAAUUGAACUGUGAUACGAACAAAGUAUAGUUGGAACUUCGUUACUUAAAAAACAUUGAUCAACAUCUUAUCUUAAUGUGUAAUCUCACAAAAGAGACUACCGUGCUUUUUGAAAGUUAAUUUUUUUUCAAACUGAAGAUUAACAGUUUAUUUUGAAAACAUUACAUUGAAUAAUUUAUGAGGAUAAUAAAAUCCAUCGCGUCUGUCAUUCCGUUUCAAUGGUAAACUGGACUGCAGAUCGGCUCUAGAGUAGAUUUCAUAAGACAUUGGACGUUAGUCAUAAACGCUGUCUUAUGUUCAUCAUUUUUACCCAUUCGACGCAGAUCUUUUUCUUAAUCAAUUCAUAAAAUGAAAUUUAAUUUAAAAACGUUAAGGCUAAUUCACCUGAUUUUAUUAACUAACAAAAAAUCAUAUAUUAGUUAACUCGAAAAUUCAUGCGCAUAAGUCUAAAAUGUGUAACGAAUGGGAGUUAAUACUCACUACCAGGAGACUAUUGUAUUCCGUUUACCGUACAUUUGCAUACCGUUUCAGUAUAACCAACCUCUCAUGACUAAGCGCUGGGACGCAUUCAAAUCAGAAUGCGCUGCGCUGCGCACUUAUUUAAGGGCGGCGCUUAGCGAAAAAAUAAUUGAUGCAGUGAUCAAUCGUCAGUACCCAGUGGCCUUUAUACAAGAGUGGCCCUUAUUUAAUAAUGUAUGGUCAUUGAAUUUACAGUGACGUAACACAUGAGCUUUCACUGGCAGGGGUAAGGCUUUAAGUGCUCGAUAUUAAUGGGAAUUAUAUUUUUGCAGGACCAUGGGCCCAAAAUUGACCGAUCAGGGAUCCCUAAGUAGCAGAACGUGUAAACUAUAGCCAUCAAAGUACGUCCCUAAAAAUGUCAAGCGAUGGAGAGGUUGCGUGUUCUCCCCGUAGUCCUAAUGAAUUGAGAUCCUACGCUCCCUUACUUCCCAGCCCCAGUAGAAGGGCCAGAUGUAGGCUCAGCUAGGGGACUCUGAGCUGAGCAAGGACGACUUAACUGUACAGCUAAAAGUCCUUGCUCUGAACCUCUUUAUUACGACACUGCAAAUUUGGUUCGGAAUUGCAUAGACCUUAUUUGGUAAUGACCAAUUAAUACAAUGAAGUCACGAUAUAAAGUGUGUAUGCGAAUGCGAUUCAUUGAACAUAGGCCUAUUUACACAAUAAAAGCCUAGAAUGAGCUUAAGCAGCCUACUAUUUCCAAACAUGAUGAAAUUAAUUUUAAGGCAGCCCUCCGACCUACAACACCCGUUAAUCCUAUAACAGAAUGAUAUAUAAUAAAAUCCACCCUCUCACCGAACCUUCAGUUAAUUCCUUAUUUGACGAAACCAGUAGGCCCACCAAGAACUUAGAAAAGUUAUUCUUGUCAAGUAUAAAAUGAGGAAGUAAAAACUCAUUAAGAGAUUAUUCUGUUUUAUUAAAAGUAAGGUUGCAUUCAUUCCAGAUUUUGCAUUUCACAUUUGAGAUUUAUCUUCAUUUUGUCCCAGUUAGAAAUAAUAAUAGGAUAAAAUAAGAUACAAGUAGGCCUACAAUUUUUUUAUUAGAACACUGACGCUGAAAUUGGCUAAAAAAUAAGAACAAAAUGAAGUUUUAUUUUUUUAAAAACUAGAAAAACAAAUAUAUAAAAAAAAACCAAAUAAAAUCCUUAUAGUCUUAUCUGUACCCCAUUAUGUGCAGUUGGUGUGACUAUUAAUAACUUUUAAUACAGUACAAUAAUAAUAUACUGCUGUACAAUAAUACCUCUGAAAAGUGUGUAAAAUAAGAUUAAACUAAGAACAUUUCGAGACUGAUAUAGGCAGAAAAUAAGAACACUAAUGAGGCUGGGAAAAAUUUCAUAAGUUCUUAUAAAAAGUGUGUAUUAUAAACAUCAAAUCUUUCUUUUGGUAAAAACAGCUGUGAUCUCAAAAAAAUAGUGAACUAGGCCCUGUAUAUAUAUCAAUUAAACGUGAAAACAUCAAAGAAGUAAAAAUGAGAAUUUUUUAUUUUUUUUAAACUGAUCACCUGUACUUUUAUCAUCUCUUCAACGUACUUUUAUCAUCUCUUCAACGUCACAACGUCAAAGUAAGUACGUUACAAUUAAAUGCAUCCCAAAGUUAUUACUGCCAGAAAGCAGUCAUAUAAUAUUGUUGGCAUGGGCUUGGUUAACAACAUCACGUUUUAACUUUUGCUUUUCCCCGGCGCCCCCGGUUUAACCUUUUUUUUUGUUGUUUCUUGUCUAAAGAUUAAAAAUAAAUAAAUGACUGCUCCCUGGUACACAGCAAACUGAACGAAUAGGCCUACUUAACAGAGGGCGCUAAUGUUGAUUUCCUUUUGUCGUCAGAAUAACACUCUAAAACACUUCUGUUUACAACCUCCACAUCAUCAGAACAUGAAAAAUAUAUUCAUAUCUCAAACAGAGUAUAGAUAUAGACACAAUAUAAAAACUAGACAGGCCUACCUUAAUCUUAUAAGAAAGUCUGGAUUAUGGCUUGUUACACAUGACGGCUCAGAAAAACAUAUAGCCUACCAGUUUGACAUGCACUCGGUAUUGGAUUUACCGUUUAAUUUACAUAACCACUUAAAAAGUAUGCAUAUGUUAAUAUCAGUAGGUCUACAGACAUGUAGAUUAUUCUGCAAAUUGUAAGAGAGAACUACGAAAUUGACGAUUUAGUGAAACAAACAUUAAAAAAUAUUAAAAUGAAUUUUCAUUCAACAGUGGCGUAGUGCCUAAGGGCUCUUGGCGGCCGAAGUGUGUGAAUAAAAGUUGAUUGUAUGAUAGUCACGCAACAUACUUAGGUCAAAUAAAAUUGAUUGUUAGUUUCACGUCAGGGAUUUGAAAUUAUUGUUUUGUGAGGGUAUUUCCUAUUUGGUUUUCACUAUCCUAUAUACUAAUGGUAAACAGGCUGGUAAAUAGUAAAAAAAAAUUUUUUUCUUUUUUAAAGAUGUAAAACGAAUCUUUGUAAUGUGUUUAUGCCAUAUAUGUUCCCACAUCUUCUUUUAGGCUUGACAUCAUUCUUUCAGAUAGUUGUCCAUGGAAAAAACAAGUUUUUUUUUUUAAAUUUGCAAAUGGUUAGUUUUUUUCAUGAGGCUCCAAAAUUUAAUGUGGGCGGGGAGCGUGAAACUAGCAAUUAAUUUUAUUUGGCUUUAUAUCCUUUAAUGAUACUGAAAUUGCCUUUAUUGUUCUCCAUGCUUUAAGUUAUUUCAAAUUCUUUUAAUUCAUAUUCCCGAUCCGCCACUGCCGAAUUAAACGUAGCAUUCGUAUACUUCCCCUAUUUAUUGAAGUAUACUUGGAGAAAUCAACUCGAGACAGAGAAAGAACCUUUGACCUUUGUCAGUAAAAACACGGCUGAGCCCUCAAUCGUUUUAUUUAUUCUCUUUUGCCAUCCUGUACAUUCACCUGAAGAAGUGUAUACGAAAUCUUAAUAAUAAAAUCUC